CUAACAAAAAUGGCUGCCCAGCCCGCCCUGCUCCUCCUUUGGCCGGCAUCAAAUACCAGACUCUUUCACUUUCGGGUCACCGUGGACGGGAGAUGGCGCCGAUUCCCAAGACGGUGGGGCGGAUCAAGCUAGACUGCCCUCUGCGGCCUGGCAGCCCGCUGGGGGUCGCUGCUGUCCCCAAACUCUGCAAGGAAUUUGGUCCUGAGGACUACGGCGAAGAGGACGUAGUGGAUUUUCUUCGAAGACUUGUGGAGAGUGAUCCCCAGCGCCUGCACCGGAUCCAUGUGGAUGGGAGCAGCGGGCGGCUGCAGCUGUGGCACCAUGAUUACCUCCUGGACCAUUUCCGUGAUGAGGGGGAAACUACUGGACAGAGUGACAGGGGCCAGGGGGCUGAGGGACUGGGCACCUACUGCAGUUUCCAAAAGUCCUUCCUGUACCCUCCCCAAGGGUUGAAGCCCUGCCCUCCUAGACCCUCGGCCUCGGCGUCCUUCCCCAGUGGCUCAGACAGCCUGCUUCAGGUGGCCAUGCCCCAGAAGCUCCUGCUGACUGAAGAGCAAGCCAACCGCCUGGCUGAGGAGCUCGUAGCUGAGGAGGAGCGCGUGAAACAGAAAGCAGAGAAGAAGCGACUCAAGAAGAAGCGUCAAAAGGACCGAAAGCGACAGAAGCGCUUGGAGCAGGACAGUGGGGAGCUCAAGGCCGAGGCCACCCCAGAGGGCGAUGGGAGUCCCCCAUCCAGCCCUGGGAACCCAGCUCAGGGAUGCUGUGGUGAGGAAGAGGACUCACUGGAUCUAUCUAGUACUUUCGUGUCUCUGGCUUUGCGCAAGGUUGGGGAUUGGCCCCCCAGUACCCUCAGAGAGAAGGAACUGAGCCAGGAGCCCCAAGGCAAGAGCCUGGGCCCCCAGGAGAAGAUGGGCCAGCAGGAAGAUAUCUCUCCAAGAGAAGAGAGCCCCACGCAGAGUCCUAAGGCAGAGGCAUCUCUGGGACUGCUGGCAGCUGCCAUACAACAGAGCCAGGAGCUAGCAAAGUUGGGUACCAGCUUUGCCCAAAAAGGUUUCUACCGCGAGGCUGUGGGCCUGUUCACCCAGGCCUUGAAGCUCAACCCCCGGGACCACCGGUUAUUUGGAAAUCGCUCUUUCUGCCAUGAGCGGCUGGGUCAGCCAGCAUGGGCCCUGGCUGACGCACAGGUGGCCCUUACGCUGAGGCCCGGCUGGCCCCGGGGCCUCUUCCGCCUGGGCAAGGCUUUGAUGGGACUGCAGCUCUUUGAGGACGCAGCUGCUGUGUUCCAGGAGACUCUGAGAGGCGGGUCUCAGCCUGAUGCCGCCCGGGAGCUCCACUCGUGUCUUCAGCGACUCUCUCUGCAGGAUCAGCCAGGAAGAAUCCAUGCGUCACCUCUGCCAAGCAGGUGCCCCCAGCCGUUACCCCACACUGAGCCAGGGGCCUCAGGCCUCCUCUCCCCCAGUCGCCCUCAAAGCACGGCUCCAAGGGCCCCUGGCCUUCUGUCUCCGCCCGUGCGUUAUCCGCCUUGUCUCCUGAGCCCCUCCAACUGGCCCCUCCCCCAGACUCCGAGUAGAAGCCCCUGUCCUGUCCGUCUCCAGAACCCCAAGGGCUACGGCAUCCUGGGACUGGGGCCCCAGCAUCUACCUCAGGCAAGAUGAGGGAGGACCUGUCCCUCAUAGGACAAGGCCAUAUGUGCAUCCCACAGGGAGAGGGACACUGUGUUGUGGCAGUUCCCUGCAUAUUUUGAGACCUUGUACUCUAUCACCAUAGCUAGAGACACCCCUGGCCGUCAUUCCUCUUGCCACAGAGACCUUCUGAUGAGAGAAAGGAGCCCCUCAUCCACUGAAACAGCCUGUCUUUGGUUCUCAAGCAGAUAAAUGUCCUCUGGGGGGCAGUAAGGAAAAAUAAAACCCACCAAGGCUCAAGAAGGGAACUGUACAAAAGGUCAGGUUUCAGACUAUCCAGCAAGGGGCAUUUGGGGUUUGCUCUGCUCUUGGCUCUGGGGGACUCAUUCACAGCCAGACCUGUGUGCUCAGGAAUGGGGUCAUGGUGAAGAAUAGGGCUCAGUCCCCACUUCACCCUGAUGCAUGCCCAUCUCUUCCUGAUCCCAGUUCUUGCCCUGUUUUCUCCAGCCCCAACCCCUCAUGCCCUGUUUCCUGUCCCCAUUUCUGUGCACAUUCUGACUUCACCUUUGCCCAGUGGUCUGAUGUUCAUUCCUCCAAUUGCUAGAAGCUCCACUAAGGGUUUGCAUUUGGGAAUUCCCUGACCAGUUCCUGCCUGGAGCUCCACACUUCCCACUGCUGCUCUGCUGUGCUGGGACCUCAGCCGGUGCCCAGGCUGCUGCUAGCUUGGCCAUGCUCUUUCUCCAGUCCAGCCCUGGGCAUUGUAACUAGCCUUUCCCUGUGUGCAUUUCUGUUUUUCCACCAACGGUCACUGCCCCCAGAGGCUAUAAUUCUCUACUUCCUGUGUAAGAAUCAUGAGUUCCUUUUGUUUUCUCUUCUGAGAUCCUGGCAGCUGCCCCUGGCUAGUUGCUACCUAACCCUGCCUGGGACCCUCAGCUCAUUUAAAUGUGGUCUGUAGGGGACUUUUAGGCCUCCCAGAAUGCCCUUCCAAGAGGAACCAUUCAUCAGGAUGAUUCCUGCUGCUCUAUGGGACUUGCUCACAGACAGCAUUUACACCUAGAGAUAGGAGGUGUUGAAACACCUCCUUUAUAUAGGGCUUUCCCAAAUUCUUUUUGUUGUUUAUGGUGCAGGCCCCUUAAAUGCUGUAUAGCAGGAUGAAGUCUACCAUUACUAGUUGGGUCACCUUGGGCAGGUCUCUCAAUAUCUGUGCCUCAGUUCCCUCAUCUGUAAAAUGGGGGCAAUCCCUACCUCACAGGGCUGUUGUGAGGACUGAAAGAGAAAGUGUGAGAAAAUACCUACCAAGUGCCUGGUAUAUAGUGGCUGUAAAAUAAACCAGUUUUUAUCUGCA